UAGCAGGGCACAGUCAUAUUAGUUACCUAAUUCUAGCAGGGCACAGUCAUAUUAGUUACCUAAAAAUGUUUUGGAAAAUAGACUGAAUAUUUUCACACCUCAAUCAUUACCCAACAUCACUCAAUAGCUGUUUGUACAUGCCACUGAAAUGUAAAACAGAGACAUUUGCAUCAGACCAUUAUGAGUUAGAGACUCAAUGUGCUAAACCGUUUUUUCCAGUUAGUUAGUGACUGGGUAUAUAAGAGCUAAUCAGUCAUACCAAGCCAGUUCCAAAGUUGAUGUCAAAGUGAGCAGAAGAUAUGGCAGAUGAUGAGCAGCAGAAAGCAGACUUCUACAGACUGGUUGAAGAACAGAUCAGCAGCCUUGAGCAGAAGAGGAUUGCCAGCUACUACAUCACACAAGAAAGAUACGACAAGGUUCUACAGGCAUUACAACUCGACAAAGGGGUAAAGUGCCAAGAUGGGAGCUACUUCAAGUUCUGGGCUACCAAGAACUUCAAGUUUCACGAAAUCGGCUCCAAGAUUCUCUACUGCAAGAAAUCAUCCUGUCCUGUUGUUCCCAAGGAAGUCUUUGACACAAUAAAACGCUGCCACUCCAGGGUCGGUCAUUCUCGUCGCGACAAGACCUGGGUUGAAAUCAAGAACAACUACUCAUGGAUUCGUCAUGGCUUUGUUGAGUUGUACCUCCGCACCUGCCCAGGGUGUUCCACACGGGUUCCACUGAAGAAACCAGCUGCAGGGAGACCCAUCAUCUCACUUGGAUUCAUGACGCGGAUGCAGAUGGACCUCAUCGACAUAUGA